AUGUCAUUUUUCGAAUUGGGAAUAUCGCAACCAAUUCUACAAAAGACGAUUGAAGCUCUUUUCAGUGAUCGCUCGAACAUAAUCUACCCGGGUUCAUGUAAAUUGUUUAUAGCCUCGAAACGACAAGCGAAAAUCUGUACGAGAGAAAAGAAAUUUUUCGAGAUUUUGACGAACGCGAAGAAACAGGCCAUCAGCGCCUGCGAAGAGAGCUUCCAGUACGACAGAUGGAACUGUUCACUGGUAUACAAUGGGAAGGCGAAAAAGAGAAUUUUUAACAAAAUCUAUAGAGAGACCGCUUUCAUUCACGCCCUGCUGGCGGCAUCGUUGACUCAUGCAGUCGCGAAAGCCUGCGCUUCCGGAGAGCUGAAGAGCUGCUCAUGCGUCGGUAGCUUCAGAAAGAACACCACAUGGAAAGUCAAUGGGUGCGGCGACGACUUCAAGCAAGGCAAGAGAAUGAUGAAGAACUUUCUGGAUUUCAAUCACGCCGGCAACGACCAAAUCGCUGAAACAUUAAAACAAGAUGUGAUGAUUGGCGUUGACUCCAUCGGAGAGCAGAUGAGAGAGGUAUGUAAAUGCCACGGUUUUUCCGGUUCCUGUACAACGAAGACUUGCUGGAAACGACUGGGGCCGUUCAACUCUGCCAUGGGAUUAUUGAAGAAGCACUACCAUCAUGCCGUGAAGAAGAAGCUAUUGAAUUACACGACCAAAAGAGCUAUAACACCGCAAGCUAAGAAGAAAAUGAAAUCUGACGAGAAAUACCUGGUUUAUCUGCAGAAGACUCCCAAUCUGUGCGUUUGGACCAAAGGUAGAACGUGUAAGAACAGACAUAAUUGUGCCACGCUGUGUUGCGGGAGAGGCUAUUUGACUACCAAGAAGAAUGUGACGUCGCGGUGCAAAUGCAGGAUGGUGAAUUGUUGUUUCGUUGAGUGCGAUACUUGUGUUAAAGAAGCGGAAAUAUUCACGUGUAAAUAA